AUGACCAAGGUUCUCGUUACCGGAGGCACGGGCUUCAUUGCUUACAUCGCAGCGCACAUCAUCCAGCAGCUCCUGGACCAAGGGCAUUACGUGGUCACCACGGUACGCUCGCAGGAAAAGGCAGACAGAGUGGUGUCCGGUUACAGACAUGCCGCGGAACGUCUCCAGGUGGUCAUCGUGCCCGAGAUUGCGCACGAACAGGCCUUUGACGAGGCCGUCAAGCUGCCGGGCAUCGAGGCUGUGAUGCACACGGCCAGUCCAUGCACGCUCAAGUUCACCGAUGCAAAGACGGAGCUCAUCGACCCUGCUCUGCUCGGCACAACAAACGUCUUGCGCGCGGUGCAGCGAGAUGCGCCGCAGGUUCGCCGCAUCAUCAUCACGUCUUCCAUCGCGGCCAUUCUUGACGUAGCCAACCCCACGGCAACGUUUGGCGAAGAGACGUGGAACCCUUGUGGCAUGGAGGCUCUCAACCAGGGCCCCGGCCGCGCAUACAUGUUGGCUAAAGCGCUCGCCGAGCGAGCAGCCUGGGACUACGUCGCGGACCACAAGCCAAACUUCGACCUCGUCACGGUCAACCCUCCGGUUGUGUUUGGCCCUGUGCUUCCCCAUCUUCGCUCGGCCGGCUCGAUAAACGUCUCCAACCAGGCGCUCUCAGAUCUCAUGGCUGGCAAGUGGAAAGAGCAGAUCCCGCCUGCUGGGCCGGUCAACCUCUUCGUCGAUGUUCGCGAUGUCGCCGCAGCCCACGUUCGCGGCAUGGAGCUUUCCGACGCGGGCGGCAAGCGCCUCUUCACUGUUGGCGGGCGCUUUAGCAAUUCCCGGCUUGCUGAGAUUGUGCGCGCGGGCGAGUACUCCUUCAAGGACCAACUGCCUGCCCCUGACGUCAAGGGCGAUGCUGGAGCAUUUGGCAUUAGCUACAACAACGAUAAGACGAACGCUCUGCUGGGUCUCUCGUGGACGCCGCUGGAGACGACUAUUGUGGAUUUUGUCAAGUCUGUAAAGUAA